AUGUGCGCGUAUCGAAUUCGCACGCAAAGCUCACUCAGAUCAGUUGAUGACCUCGUGUGCCGCAUUGCGUUGGUCUGUUUAGCCGUUGCCUGCCGCUGCCGCCGUUUAGCCCGACAUAGCGUGCUCCCCUUGACCAACCAGGCUUUGGAAGCCGGCUGUAGGAUGUCUUGGGUGCGCGGCAAGUCGGGCAACGGGCCAACCACCUUGCUCACUUCGAGGAGUGUUCCUGCUGAACUUUGGAGUGAAGAUGACGCGUGUUCCAGUCCGGAGAGAGGCUUCGUGCGUACGCUGAGUGCCGUCGCUCUGGACACGAUGGCACCAGUGCAACUGGAGGCUCUUCCGGCGCGGGCCAAGAAGUGGGCCGUGAAGCGCCGCUUUUGGAGUGUACUCUUGCUGACUGUUGCGGUGUUUCAGCCGCACUAG